AACGGGGAGUGUCCCGGGCCACAGCCAUAAACAGCGGCCCUGCUCUCCGCCGCCCCGCCGACUCGACGCCUCUCUGCUCCCGCUGCAGCUAGAAGCGCUCACCGCGGCUCUCUCAGGUCCACGCCCGUCCGUUACCGAUCACAACCUUCCGCCUUCAGGAUGGCAGCACAACACCCAGAGUUCGAGCGGGCCGGAAAGGAGCCGGGCCUGCAGGUAUGGAGAGUGGAGAACUUUGACCUGGUGCCCGUCCCAAAAAACCUGUACGGCGGAUUUUACACCGGAGACGCCUACCUCAUACUAAACACCAUCAAACAACGCUCCGGAAACCUGCAGUACGACCUCCACUUCUGGCUGGGUGAUCACUGCACCCAGGAUGAGAGCGGCUCGGCGGCCAUCUUUACUGUCCAAAUGGACGACUUUCUGGGGGGAAAACCCAUCCAGUACCGCGAGGUGCAGGGACACGAGUCCAAAACCUUUCUGGGCUACUUCAAGUCCGGAAUCAAGUACAUGAAAGGGGGCGUGGCGUCUGGUUUCAAGCACGUCGUCACCAACGAGGUGGUCAUGCAGCGGGUGCUUCAGGUCAAAGGUCGCCGUAGUGUCCGGGCGACAGAGGUGGCGGUCAACUGGGACAGCUUCAACCAGGGAGACUGCUUCAUCCUGGACCUGGGCGCUGAGAUUUACCAGUGGUGCGGCUCCCAGAGCAACCGCUUUGAGAAGCUGAAGGCUACCCAGGUUGCCAAGGGUAUCCGUGACAACGAGCGCAGUGGGAGGGCCAAAGUCUAUGUCUGCGAGGAGGGGAUGGAGAGAGAGAAGAUGUUAGAGGUUUUAGGUCCGAAACCAGAUCUGCCCGUCGGAGAUAAUGAUGCUGACAUAAAAGCCGACGCUUCAAACAGGAAGAGGGCCAAACUGUACAAGGUGUCCAAUGCCAGUGGAGACAUGACCAUCGCCCUGGUGGCAGCAGAGAACCCGUUCGCCCAGAGCGCCCUGGAUUCUGGCGACUGCUUCAUUCUGGACCACGGCUCCGAUGGCAAGAUUUUCGUCUGGAAAGGCAAGGACGCCAACAUGGACGAGCGCAAGGAAGCGAUGAAAGCAGCGGACGAGUUCAUCAAGAAGAUGGGUUACCCCAAACACACUCAGGUGCAGAUCCUGCCCGAGAUGGGCGAGACGCCGCUCUUCAAGCAGUUCUUCAAAAACUGGCGGGACAAAGAUCAGACAGUGGGCAUGGGCGUGGCCUACAUCGCCAACAGCAUCGCCAAGAUCGAGAAGGUGGCCUUCGACGCAGCCAGCCUGCACGACUCCCCCGCCAUGGCCGCCCAACACGGCAUGGUGGAUGACGGCAGCGGAGAGAAACAGAUCUGGCGUAUUGAAGGUAAUGAGAAAGUGCCGGUGGAUCCGUCCACACACGGACAGUUCUACGGAGGAGACAGCUACAUCAUCCUUUAUAACUACAGUCACGGAGGACGCCAGGGACACAUCAUCUACAUGUGGCAGGGAGGUGACUCCAGUCAGGAUGAAAUCGGGACCUGUGCGAUCCUCGGCUCCCAGCUGGAUGACGAGCUCGGCGGUGGUCCUGUGCAGGUUGCUGGUGCUCGUAUAACCACUCAGGUGAGAGUGGCAGGCAAAGAGCCGGCCCACCUGAUGAGUCUGUUUGGAGGUCAGCCCAUGGUGGUGUACAAGGGAGGAACGUCCAGAGAAGGAGGUCAGUCCGCUCCUGCAGAGACUCGACUCUUCCAGGUGCGCUCCAACUCUGCAGGACACACCCGAGCUGUGGAGCUCGAUGCAUCGUCAUCCAACCUGAACUCCAACGACGCUUUUAUUCUGGUGACCCCCGGAGGCUCCUUCAUGUGGGUGGGCGUGGGUGCCAGUGACACAGAGAAGCAGGGAGCUCAGCAGCUGUGUGACAUCCUGGGAGUUUCGGCCUCUGAGCUGUCUGAGGGAGGAGAGACUGAUCAGUUCUGGGAGGCUCUGGGAGGAAAGACAGAAUAUCGUACUUCUACCAGACUCAAAGACAAGAUGGACGCCCACCCUCCCAGACUCUUCGCCUGCUCCAAUAAGACUGGAAACUUCAUCAUUGAGGAGGUUCCCGGGGAGAUGACCCAGGACGACCUCGCCACUGAUGAUGUCAUGAUCCUGGACACCUGGGAGCAGGUGUUUGUCUGGAUCGGAAACGAAGCCCAAGAGGAGGAGAAGACCGAAGCCAUGGCAUCUGCGGUCCGUUAUAUCGAGACAGAUCCGGCCAACAGAGACAGCCGGACGCCCAUCGUCAAGAUCAAGCAGGGCUUCGAGCCGCCCACAUUCACUGGCUGGUUCCUGGGCUGGGACCACGAGUACUGGACCAGCGACCCCCUGGAGCGCGCUAUGGCUGAUCUGGAGAUCUGAGAUCUCACCUGAACCCCCCCCCCGACCUUUGACCCUACUGCUCCGCUUCAUUGCAUUGAUCUCCAGUCAUAAGACUUUUUUAGCUGCCAAUCCUCUCCAAAAACUUUUUUACUUUUGUUGUGUUUGUGAGGGAUACAGAUCGAUGAGGAUGUGUUUUAACUUAGUCUCGACCUAUAGCAAUAGAGCUGAAACAGAUAGCUUCCUGUAGGGUUUGCACUAAAUGCACUCUGCUGCUUUUGUUCAAGCCGGUUUCUCACUUUUAUUUUAUAUUUUGACAGUAAAACCUGUUCACUAGUGAAAGGUCUUGGUGUGCUGCAACAUCAGAAAUCUCACUGCCAAGAAAACACAGCUUAUAAAAGCAAUACAACCGAUGCCUUAAUGUUGUUUCCUCUAGUUUACAGUAAACCUGCUGUUUUUUUAAAGGUACUGUUCCACUUUCAGGAUGCCUUUUUAGACAAGUUGUUUGCACCUUCAGUUUAGUAGCCUCUUAUAUUUAUUGUUUUAUAAUUGCCAGAUUGAAGCCCAGGAAAGCUAGUGUGAUGCUGCAACUUUAAAUGGGAAACUGACGCUUUGCUGCUUUACAAACUGCUCUUCUGUGACACUUUCAAAGGUUUCCCUAAGCCUUGUUAUUAUUUCAAUAAAACCAAAUCAAAAGAAAA